AGUCGUCGUAAAAUCGUGGAACGAUCGAGUCGUGAAAUCUCAAUUUGUUGUUCUGUUAAAUAUUUUGUUCGGAAAUUCUUUUAAGUGAAAUAAAGUGAGAUAAAAAAAUAAUAUAAAAUUUGAUUAAUCAUUUUUUUAAUUCAAAUUAACUCGCUUUUGUAAUAAAAAAUAAAGAAUAAGGAAGCACAAUCAAAAAUAAAAUUUGAUCAUGUCAAUGGGAUUUAUUGGAUGGAAAUAUUAAAAGAAAGAAUUUUAUUUUAUUUUCCAUUUCCUCGUUGUUUUAUCAGUACAAGUAUCGGACCUUAUAACGAACAAAACAUUUUGAAAUAAAAUCUUGUUCCCAUGGAAAACGUCUUACUAGUGUGAUAAGUGAAAACAGAAAGAAACUUUAAAAGAACAAUAAAACUAAAACAUGAAAAGCUGUUUAAUGACAAACCCUGUGAAUUUAAACAGAUGUUUAAGGAAAGUCAUCUUUAUUUUAGUGAUAUUAGGCUUAUCAUCUUUAUCAAAGAGCCAUAGUUUUCAGAUAAAUGAUGUAGAUUUAAGUAAUCAACAAGAACAAAUUUCCAACAACAUAACAAGACUGAAAGACUCAAUUUUCGAUGAUCUUGACGAGAUUGAACUUAGAAAUAGCGUUAAAGAAGCAAGAAGAGUGCUGAAUGAAAACAAAGCUUCUGCUUAUAAAAAAACUGUUCUUUUUUCACCCUGGAGCUCCUGGAGCGAUUGCGAUAAGAAAUGUAAACAAAAGCGAUCAAGAAAAUGCACGAGUAGGAGAAAAUGUGGGAGUUUGAAACAAAUCGAAGAAAGAUCUUGUUCUGAAAAAAUUUGUCAAAAAACGGAAAGUUCACAACAAAUAGCUAAAGAAUCGAAGAAAAAUCGAAACAAACAUACUGGAAAAGAUUCAAACAAAGAACAGAAACGUGUCAAUAAUCAGAAGAAGAAAAAGAAAAAGUUCGAAGACGAUCCUUACAAUGGCGACGAUGAAUUUGAAGAUGAUGAAAAUGAUAACGGGAUAAAGCCACGUAGUGUGAUUGAUGGGAGUCGUUUGGUAAUGAAAGUUGUAAAGCAGGGCGAUUAUCAACAUAAACAAACAUUCGAUCGACGAUCUGGAGGUCUUGGCGAUAUCGAACAAGAAUUUUUUCUACCGCGAAACUUGACACUCUUUGAUAUUUACACGCCUAACUCAACGUCACCACUUAUGCUCAAAAAUGGAUCGAAAAGUAACAAGAGAUUCGAGUCAGAUGACGAUGAUUUUUACGACGAUUACGAUACCGACCACAACACCGAAAGCGACGAAAAAAUCAAAACUGUUGACAGAGCGAAAGUUAAGGCAGUUUUUGAAAUGCCACGAAAACCACUUGCAAAUUAUAGUAAGUGGAGUAGGUGGAGUAAGUGUUCAUCAAAAUGUGUAACAAAGAGAUACAAAAAAUGUCGACCUCAUGCACGACACAUUUGCGGUAGCGAAAUCAUCCGUGAGAUCGCUUAUUGUUACACUGAGGGAAGUUUCUGUGAAGAAUGGAUAAGUUCACAAAUAAGUAAAAUUGGUGCUUACAAUGCAGUGGAGGCAACUAACAAGCCAAUUGCAAAACCUACAAAACCAAAUCACAGAACUGAAUCACCACUGGCGAAUGCAGUAUCACAAAAUUUCUACAGCUCACCAAGUGGCUCUGGGAGAAGAAGAAAAUACAAAUUGAAACCCGAAUACAAACCACAAAAUUUACAAUGCGGUUUCCCAUCAAUCCGGAACAAAAAUAAUGAUUUCGCUUUAAAAAUUAUUGGUGGGAAAAGUUCGAGACGCGCUCAAUGGCCAUGGCAAGUGGCGAUUCUCAAUCGUUACAAAGAAGCUUUCUGUGGUGGAACUCUAAUAAGUCCUAAUUGGAUAUUAACUGCUAGUCAUUGUGUGAGAAAACGCUUAUAUGUAAUACUUGGAGAACAUAAUCUCAAUGUGAGAGAUGGAAGCGAAAUUGAAUUUAGGAUUCAAACAGCAAUAAAACAUCCAAAAUAUAACAAGAAAACAGUCGAUAGUGACAUUGCUUUGUUAAAAUUACCGCAAUCUAUUGAGAGAUCUCAUUACAUUGGCUAUGCAUGCUUGCCUGAAAACACUGUGAUUGGAUGGGGGAAACGACGACAUUCUGAUGAAUCUGGUACGAGCAUUCUUCACGAAGCAGAAGUUCCAAUCAUUUCAAAUGAAGCUUGCAAGAAUGUUUAUUAUGACUACGUUAUCACUAAAAAUAUGUUUUGCGCUGGCGCCAAUCGUGUCGACACUUGUGCUGGAGAUAGUGGAGGUCCAAUUCUAUGCCGCGACUCGAAGAAAUCGAACAAACCGUGGACCGUGUAUGGAAUCACGAGCUUUGGAGAUGGUUGCGGAAAGAAAAAUAAAUUUGGCAUCUAUACUAAACUUACUAACUACGUCGACUUUAUUUGGUCAAUUAUAAAUUGUAACGGACUUUGUGAGAAUAACAACAAGAAUACUUAUUAACGUUAGUAAAUUUUAUGAUCUUUUCAAGACCUGAUAAUCUACUCGAAACUUAAUCGAAGAUAUUUUUUAAGUACCUAAUUAUGGUGUAGAUAUUUUUUGAACAAAAAUUGUAAAUAUUAAUAAUUUCAGAUGUUAUAAUGUGCAUGUUGUGUAUGAAAUAAUUAAAGAUGAAUCUUGUCAGAAUAUUUUUCCAAUGAUGAUGAAAUAAAAAUUUGAUUAAAAACAUUUUAU